CAUCCCCUGAUUCCAACCAACAACAACAUUCCAAACUCAUACAAUAACGAUCAAUCUCACAAACUACAAUACAAUGGAGGCCACACUACUUUCUUCGCCGGCUUCGAUUUCACCACUCCGAUUCCAUCCACUUAUGUUUUCUCAAAGAAUCACCAUUUCCAAGAAGAAGACGAUGACGAUGAGCGUCUCUGCUGCGGCUUCUUCAGGAAAAGACCAUUACUACGGAGGAGGAAGAUUGGUGGAUGAGAAUAUGAUCGUUCUUAGGAAACGCAUCCACGAGAUGAAGAUGGUCGAGCGUAACUACGAGCCUCCUUCUCACUGGAUGGAUUGGGAGAAACGUUUCUACAGCAGCUACGACUCUGUUAUCUGCGACUCCGUUGGUCUUCUUCAGAGCUUCCUCAUGAACUCUCGCCCUACUGUAGCAAUCGCAACGCUGCUUUUCCUCCUCGUCAGCAUUCCUGUUUCCUCCACCGCGAUCGCGUUUCGUCUUCUUGAUCUCUUUCAUUGGCUUCUCGCCGCCGCUACAUCAGCCCACGUGGCUUGAUCUCAUUUUUUUUUCUUAGUUGCUUACAAAUUCUUUUUAUAUAUUUAAUUAUGUGAAUAAAUAGAUUUGUAAACCACCAAUUCUUUUAUUAUUUAUCUGAUGAUUUUUUUUUACAUUAGCUUAAGCCUUAAGAUAUGUGUAAAUUAAGUCUCGUUUGUUAUUAAAUGCUUACAUGGGGUUUGUAACUUUAUCUUGAUAUGUCAAUGCGAUGAAAUAAUAGUAAUCAAAUAUACAUUCUAGU